GGAAGUUAUUGAGUGCUCAGAGGUUAACCUGACCACUGAGAGAGCAGGCACAAGUGGGCAGAAACACAUCUAGAAAUCAGAUGUACAGAAGUGACGAAGGGAGAGCACUGUGACAGCGAUGCAGAGUGAGCACGAAUAAACUGGCCAGAAAGUUGCGAUUGGGACACAAACUGUCGAAGUCAUUACAGCGACGCAGUGACAGAGAGCAACAAGCAACUUCCCAGUGAUCAGAGCUAGCAUCCCAGACUCGGGAGUACGGAAAUCUUUCAGCAGUACAAUGAAGUCAUGCAUUUUACAAGCUGUAGUGAUCUAUUUGUCAUCUCAUUUAUUUAGUGAAGCUGUGCAGGAUGAAAACGUAAGAGCUGGAUGCAGAACAGCAGUGAAUGAUUUGGUUUUCAUCAUGGAUGGAUCUUGGAGUGUGGGAUUUAACAACUUUGAAACAGCAAAAACAUGGCUUGUUAAUGUCACGAGUGGCUUUGAUAUUGGACCAGAAUACACUCAAGUAGCAGUUAUCCAGUACAGCGACACUCCACGUCUGGAGAUUUCGUUUGGCCAAUUCCUGACCAAUAAAGAACUAAUUGCUGGAAUAGAAAAUAUCCAAUACCUUGGUGGAAAUACUCAAACAGGUCGUGCUAUCAAGUUUGCAACAGAAAUUGUUUUUCCAUCUUCACAAAGAAAUAAGACAGCUAAAAACAAAAUAGCUGUUGUUGUCACGGAUGGAAAGUCUCAGGAUGAUGUUGUUGAUGCUUCUGUUGAAGCACGUGCUGACAAAAUUAUCCUGUUUGCUGUCGGAGUGGGAUCGGAAAUAACCGAAUCAGAGCUUAAAAUGAUUGGCAACAAGCCGUCAACAACUUAUGUUAUAUUUGCUGACGAUUAUGGAACUAUAGACAGAAUUAAGGAAGCAAUGCAGCAGAAGAUAUGUGAAGAAUCGGUAUGUCCUACAAGAAUCCCUGUAGCUGCGCGUGAUGAGAAAGGUUUUGAAUUAAUUGUGGGCUUUAAAAUACCACAAAAAGCUCGGGAAAUAUCUGGAUCAUUGACGACAGAAGCAGGUUUCUUAUUGACAUCUCAAACAGACAUAACGGAGAACACUAGAGACAUAUUUCCAGAAGGCUUGCCUCCUUCUUACGUAUUUGUUGCUACACUACGUUUGCAAAGUCCAGCUAACAAACAGAGAUUUGACUUAUGGCGAAUCUUAUCUAAAGAAGGAAUUAUUCAAGCAGCUGUCACAAUUGAUGGUGAACAACAGGCUGUGUUCUUUACUACUACAAGUCUGGUCAAUGAAAUCCAGACAGUGACUUUUAAAGAUGGUAAACUACAGGAAUUGUUUGAUGAAGACUGGCAUCAGUUAAAGUUACUGGUAAUAGAAGUGGAGGUCACCUGUUUUUUGGAUGACGUAAAGAUUCAGAGCAGAAACCUUGAGCAAGUCAUUCCUAUAUUUAUAAAUGGGAAAACCCAGGUGGCCAAACAUGUGAAAAGAGAGACGUCUAUACCUUUAGAAAUACAGAAGCUUCGACUCUACUGUGAUCCACAGCAAAGUGAUCGGGAAACUGCCUGUGAAAUCCCUUCAGUGGAUGACGAGAGGUGCCCUCCUGACAGAAUGGAGCCCAAGACAGUCUGUGCGUGUCCACCAGGCCCACCAGGAUUACGUGGCAUUCCUGGACGAAAAGGAUCUAAGGGAGAAUCUGGUAAACCAGGAAAAUCAGGAAUGAAUGGUCUACCUGGACGACUUGGUGACCAAGGUGUUCCAGGUAUUCCUGGCUCUCAAGGCAUGCAGGGUCAGCCUGGUGUGCCUGGAUCUUCUGGGGAGCCUGGACCAAAAGGAGACACUGGUGAAAAAGGACCACGUGGUUUGCCUGGUAUUGAAGGGCUUUCAGGUCCACAGGGACCUGAAGGACCAACUGGGCCACAAGGGAUACCAGGAAUACCUGGAAUAAAGGGAGAACCUGGAAUUCCAGGAACUAAUGGCCUUCCAGGAUUACCUGGGUUAAAGGGAGAAAAUGGCAAUCCAGGUUUGCCAGGGAGAAAUGGACAACAUGGCCCAAUGGGCUUUCGAGGUCUUCCUGGACCCCAAGGUCUACAAGGGCUCAAGGGACAAAAAGGAAUGUUUGGUCAAAAGGGAGCUGAAGGGCCACCUGGGAUACCGGGUAAGCAAGGACGUCAGGGGUCACCUGGGCGUGAUGGACCACCAGGGCCAACGGGAGACAUUGGUGCACCAGGACUACCAGGUCUUCCAGGGCAUUCAGGCUCAGCUGGUUUAAGAGGAGAGCCAGGACUUCCAGGCCAGACUGGCCCAAUUGGGAUUCCUGGAGCAAAGGGAAAUAAGGGUGAGCCAGGAAAUCCUGGGAGGAAAGGGAGCCAGGCUGAGAAAGGCAAAGAAGGAGCCCCUGGCUCACCAGGGCCACAGGGAGCUAUUGGUGCUAAAGGAGCAAAAGGCGAGAAAGGUAAUGUGGGACCAUCUGGUGAAAGGGGAAUUGGUGGCAAGAACGGAGAACCUGGUCUAAUGGGCCCGAUAGGACCUCGUGGGCCUUCAGGUCAGGAAGGCCCAUAUGGACUGCCUGGUGUUCCUGGACUUCCUGGGAAACCUGCAAAGCCUGUCACGGAUGAACGGGUAAUGAAACUUUGCAGUGACAUGCUUCGCACUCAGUUGCCAUCAUUACUUCAAAGCAUGAGGCCCAGCUGUCAAUGUGAAGGAAUUAAGGGAACACCUGGACAACCAGGAAUGCCAGGACAGCAAGGACAACGGGGAUUACCUGGCUACCCAGGCAGGGCAGCCAGACGAGGAUAUCGAGGGCUACCUGGUGUACCUGGACUACCAGGGAUGAAAGGUGAGCAGGGACCAAAAGGAGCUAAAGGCAUGAAAGGUGAAGAGCAUCCAGGGUUACCUGGCCCGCCUGGUCAAUCAGGUCUACCAGGAUUACCAGGUCCGACUGGUCAUGGAGUGCCAGGAGUGGAUGGGGAACCUGGAAGGAAUGGAGCAUCCGGGAGCCCAGGAAAGCGUGGCCCACCAGGCCCACCCGGAGUAUGCGAUAUAUCCAGCUGUUAUAAUUCCUAUAAUAAUGGCCGAAGCCCUUUUAACAAAGGACCAAAUUUUUGACGGUCUUAUGCGGUUCAGAGUCUGGGAGUUGCAUCCAGUCAUGUCAUCUCAUGUGUCCUUUACUUGCUGCCAAAUAGGAGGAACAGUUUCUCAGGAAGAAAACAAUUGGCACAUGAACCAAUAGCUAAUUAUUACAGGUUACAGUCUGUUAUACGGUAUGCUACUGAUUUUGGAAUACUUCAAUACAAACAUUUUAAACACACCACGUGCUGUGCAUGUAUGUUUAUCCCCUACAGAUUUUUUUUAAAAAUAAAUUUUGAUAGCAGCUUU